AUUGUGAAGGCUGACCCCGCGGUCGUCUUUAAAUGGCACUACGAGGAUCUCGCGCAGUUCGUCACAACGGCGAACGCGCUCGUCGCCGGAGCGCCCGGAGCGCCUCGAACGCCAGGUUGGCUGCGCGUCCGCCCCCCUGGCAUGACUUGCGAGUCGCUCACGGUCGACAUUGUCGAUCACAUCGCUCACUCGCAUGGCUCCAGUUUCGGUGGCGUGAUGGCCAUCGCCGCCGACAUGAGGCGGAUGGUGGCCAUGCGGGAGCGGCUGAGCGCAGUGGAGGCCCACCCGUUCAUGCAGAGAGGCAUGGAGACGGCACACCCAACAGCCCACCUCGCCACGACA